CCAUACCAUCCCAAACCAAUGAAUCCGAAAAUGGACAAGCCGAAGUCGAAGAUAUCGGCUUCGCGUAAACUCUCCCUCAAAAUCUUGCUCCUGACAAGGGCGAUGGAGGAACUGGAGAGGGAGAUUCAGGAGAGGAAUGAAGAAAAAGUGCGCUACAUCGGAGAGAAACUGCCCCCUCUGCAGCUCUCUGGAUUGUCAUUGGAGGAGCUCCAGGCUCUAUGCAAACAGCUUCAUGGAAAAAUUGAUGUGGUAGAUGAGGAGAGAUAUGACUGUGAAGCCAAAGUGAACAAGCACAAUAAAGAUAUCCACGAGUUGAAACUGAAGGUCCAGGAUCUGGGGGGGAAGUUCAAGAAGCCGGCGCUCAGGAAAGUGCGUGUCUCUGCGGACGAGAUGAUGAGAGCCCUGCUCGGCUCCAAACACAAGGGGUCCAUGGACCUGAGGGCCAACCUCAAGUCUGUCAAGAAGGAGGACGUCAAACAAGGAGACAAGGUUCUGACUUCUGAGGUGGGUGACUGGCGUAAGAAUGUUGAGGCCAUGUCAGGCAUGGAAGGCCGCAAGAAGAUGUUUGACACCAGCGGCCAGUAAGCCCUGCGGCAGUCCGACACGAGGGAGAACGAGGGAGGAAGGAGAGGCAGAAGAGGAAGAAGAGGAGGAUUUUUUAAGCGAGUAGUUUUUCCUGAUAUAUGGUUAUUGCAACAAUUAUAACCAUAGACUUGCCAAAUGCGCAUGUUUUAGCAUGUCAUCAUUAAUUUGAAUCUGUUUAAACAACAUUUUAUUAAGGUCAAAAAUAUUUGUAUGAUUUAUUUUCAUAAUUCAUAAGCCUGUUACUCACUGCACCCUGGAGUAACAGAAAAUGUCAGUCAGCAGGGAAGAUAAGAUGAUGAUUAUUAAAUUUCUUAAUCCCAUUAAGGUUUUAUGUAUUUUAUUGUGUCACACCAAGAACUUUACCAAAAAUGUAAUGUCAAUCCAUAGGCAGACUGACACUGCUAACAGUUGUGAAUUCCAUUUGUGAAUUCCAUUUGUGAAUUCCAUUUGUGAAUUCCAUUUGUGAAUUCCAUCAUAUAUUAAUCGGUGCAACUGCAGAAUGUAAAGCUAUCCUGAAUGCAUGUAAAUGCCAUUUUGUCAUAAGCAACAAAUCAUGUGGCACCAAAAACCCACUUAAAACCAUAGACAAUAAUAUAAAGUUGGAAUAGGUAUUUAUAAUGACGUAUUGUAUGUUUUAUUAUGCACAUCUUAAAUAAAUGGUCAAAUAUGGUUACAGAU